UUUUACAAGGGUGGCGCUGUUAGGACUCCCCGUCCCGGCUUUCCCUGCGCGAAGCCUGGAGCACUUCCGCCCUGUUGUGAAGUGGGUGUCUCAGUGGAGCCUUGGGGAGCAGUCCCUCUCCGAGGACCCCCCUUAAAGGACACAUCAUAGAUGCACAAAGGAGUCAGAAGGGGACAACUCAGCUGAAGUGACGUGUCCAGGCUAGACAUGGCUGUGGCCCUGGAAUCCCAGGCCCAGACCUCUCCCCAACCAGAGCCUGAUGGAUUCCUGAUCGUGAAACUGGAGGAGGACUCGUGGGGAUCAGAAUCUAAACCCCAGUUGGAGGACCAUGACCCAGUCCCCGUUCCUGAGGCCUCCCGCCAGCGCUUCAGGCAGUUCCAGUACAGGGAUGCAGCUGGACCCCACGAGGCCUUCAGCCAGCUCUGGGAGCUCUGCUGUCGCUGGCUGAGGCCAGAAAUCCACCUCAAAGAGCAGAUCCUGGAGCUGCUGGUGCUAGAGCAGUUCCUGACCAUCUUACCCAGGGAGGUCCAGACCUGGGUGCAGGCGCACCACCCUGAGAACGGGGAGGAGGCAGUGGCCCUGGUGGAAGAUUGGCACCGAGAGGCACAGGCUGUAGGACAGUCGGAACUGGAAGUGUGUGCAGAAGAGACAAGGGCCUUAAAGACAAUGCAGGGAUCUCAGUGCUUCCAGCUGCAGCCAGCGGAUUACUGCUUCACCCAGAAGCAGGGGGUGAAGAAUACAUGCCCUGACUUUCCCAAGCAUCUAGACUCCAGGGUGGCACUACAGUCCUUGAAAGAGAAUGCUGUCCUCACUCCCCGGGUCCCUACCCUCCCGAAGAUGGGGAGCAUUGGAGAUUGGGAGGUGGCAGCUGAGUCUCAGGAAGCCUUGGGCCCUGGCAAACAUGCUGAGAAGGAUUUCUGCAAGGACCACCUGAGAGAAGACUGUGGGUUCAGCUUGUCCCUGGGAGUUCCAGUUUCAAAACCAAAUAUCACUUCCCAGCAAGAACAAGGACCAGAAUUUUGGGGUCCAGGCCCUAUAAAUUCUGGUAAAAGGAACACUGCAGGAGAUUACAGCCUGGAUAAUGAGGAAGCAAAACCAGCUCAGGCAUUGGGCUGGAGGGACUCAAGGACCUGGGAACAACAAAACCAAUGGGAUGUGGAGGACAUGAAAGUAUCAGGUGUUCACUGGGGCUAUGAAGAGACUAAGACUUUCCUGGCAAUUUUGAGUGAGUCUCCUUUCUCUGAAAAGCUCCGAUCUUGUCACCAGAACCGCCAGAUAUAUCGGGCCAUCGCAGAGCGGCUAAGGGCACGGGGCUUCCUGCGGACACUAGAGCAGUGUCGCUACAGGGUCAAAAACCUCUUACGGAAUUAUCGGAAAGCCAAAAGCAGCCACCCGCCAGGGACCUGUCCCUUCUAUGAGGAGCUAGAGGCCCUGGUGAGGGCUCGAACAGCCAUCAGAGCCAGAGGCAGCCCAGGAGAGGCUGCGACACUCCCCAGGCUGGGAGAUAGUGAUGCAGAGGAGGACGAGCAGGAGGAAGGGGGCUGGGAGCCAGAGGAAACGGACUAUAAUGGUGGUGAUCUGACCACCGAUGAGUCUGUCCAGGGACCCAGGACUCCAGGGGGCCCACCUCUGUUCCAGAGUCGUAUUGCAGGUGUGCACUGGGGCUACGAGGAGACCAAGGCUUUCCUGGCAAUUCUCAGUGAGUCUCCAUUCCCUGAAAAGCUUCGUACCUGUCACCAGAACAGCCAGGUGUAUCGGGCCAUCGCAGAGCGGCUGUGUGCACAGGGCUUCUUGAGGACACUGGAGCAGUGUCGCUAUAGAUUCAAAAACCUCCUUCGAAGUUACCGGAAAGCCAAGAGCAGCUACCCACCAGGGACGUGCCCCUUUUAUGAGGAGCUAGACUCUCUGAUGAGGGCUCGAACUGCAGUCAGAACCAUGGGGACCUUCAGGGAGGCCACAGGUCUCCUCAGGUCUGGGCAGAGCAGUACUGAGGCUGAUGACCAGGAGGCCUGGGAUGAGAUGGCAGAUGAAGAUGGCUUCAGACCUCCAACCCCAUGUCCUAAAACCCCAGACACUGGUUUUGAGAUGAGGCAUGAAGAUGAAGACCAGAUUUCAGAGCAGGAAAUUUUUGAGGAUUUGCCUGGAGCAUUAUCAGAAUGCACUACAGAAAGUGUUCACCAACCUCAUGAUUGGGGGGAAGACAGUGAAAAUGAAAAUGAAGGUGAAGGGCAGUGGGGAAAUCCCCCACAGGAACGGUGGGAGAAAAGUUCUUCUGAAGAGGACUUAGAAAAACUUAUUGAUCACCAAGGCCUGUACCUGGCAGAGAAACACUAUAAGUGUGACACGUGUGUGAAAAGUUUUAGUCGGAGCUCCCACUUCAUAGCCCACCAGCGGAUCCACACAGGUGAGAAGCCCUACAAAUGCUUUGAAUGUGGGAAAAACUUCAGUGACCGCUCCAACCUCAACACUCACCAGAGAAUCCAUACUGGAGAGAAGCCCUACAAAUGCCUUGAAUGUGGGAAAAACUUUAGUGACCACUCCAAUCUGGUCACUCACCAGAGAAUCCACACAGGGGAAAAGCCCUACAAAUGUGGGGAAUGUUGGAAAAGCUUCAACCAGAGCUCAAACCUUCUGAAACAUCAGAGAAUCCACCUGGGAGGAAAUUCUGACCGCUAUAGUGAGCCUGGGGAAAGCUUUGACCAACAUCCAUCCUUUAGUACUCACUGGAGGAACUCUAUAGAGGAGAAAUCUGAACAAUCUCAAAGUGGAAGCAGUAUCAGUAAGAACUUGAAUUCUCCUGGACCACCCAGCACCAACUCAGGGGAAAAACUUUAUCAAUGUUCUGAAUGUGGAAGAAGAUUCUCUAAGAGCUCUGCCCUCAUUAGUCACCAAAGAAUCCAUAUAGGAGAGAAACCAUAUGAAUGUGCUGAAUGUGGGAAAAGCUUCAGUAAGAGCUCCACUCUGGCUAACCACCAGCGAACCCACACUGGGGAGAAGCCGUAUAAGUGUGAAGACUGCGGGAAAUGCUUCAGUGAGCGCUCUAAGCUGAUCACACAUCAGAGAGUACACACAGGAGAGAAGCCCUACAAAUGCCUCAUGUGUGGUAAAUACUUCCGUGACCGCUCUAACCUCAUUACUCACCAGAGGAUUCACACAGGAGAGAAACCUUAUAAGUGCAGAGAGUGUGGGAAAUGCUUUAACCAGAGCUCAAGUCUUAUUAUUCACCAGAGAAUCCACACUGGGGAGAAACCCUAUAAAUGUACUGAGUGUGGCAAAGACUUCAACAACAGCUCCCACUUCAGUGCCCACCGGAGAACCCAUGUGGGAGGGAAAGCCUCAUAGGAGACAACUUCUCCUACAACAAAAGAAACAAAUAUAUAUUCAAAUAUCCCAAGGUCUUGAGACAUGCUAGGAAGAAACUUUUCCAAUUUUAACAUCCUGUGGAUGUUAUCUUGGUAUAAUCCAGGUAAUUUAGAAGUGAAUUGCAAAUACUAAGGAUCCUGAUUUGAAGGCA